AUGGGUUUCACCAAGAACAUUCUCUUCGCCGGCGCCUUCGCCCUCUGCGCUUUCGCUGCACCUGUUCCAGACUGUGACGAGACCCCAAACGCCGAAGUCACGGGCUCGUUGACUGCAGACAACCUCAUCGCCAUCGCACCCGCAACCGCAUCGUGCAGCGGCGCAAGCUUCCCCGAUGAAUGCGCCACCGCAUCUCAAGCUGCAACCGCGCUGAACAAGGCAUUUUCCACCUACAAGAUUACUUCAAAGGGCGAAAAAGCUGCCAUCAUUGCCUACGAGAUCUUCGAGAGCGGUGAUUUCAAGUACAAGAAGAACCACUUCCCAGGUCGCCCCGGCCAGGGCACAAGGAUGAUGGCUAUGCCAGAUUACGUCGAGCAAUACGCCACCAGUGUCGCAGGUCCAGCCGCAGUCGCACAGGCCAAAGCCGCAGGCGGAGAUGCUGGCAAAGUCGCUAUUCUCGAUCUUGUCAACGGCGACGAUGAGAAGAGCUUUGGUAGCGCUGCUUGGUUCGUGAGCAAUGUUUGCAGUGCUGGUGUUCGAGCUGGCCUUGCGGCUGGCACCCUGGAUGGCUGGCACCAGUUUUUGAGCGCCUGCGUCAAUACUCCUUCUGAUCCUACACGCGAUCCUGCCUGGAAAGCUGCUAUUGCUACUAUCCAGUAAGCGUUGUAGUUUGUGCGUGGUUUCUUUGUUUGUGGGCGUUGUGUCCUGGCGCGGACGGGCUGUGAAAGCCACUUUACUUCUUUUCUACCCUUGUAUGUAUGCUUUGUCGAUGUUGAACGAAAUUUAUGAACCCUGUUACGUCA